AUGGGAGCUUUUACGAAUUAUAUUUUGAUUUUUCUUUUGACGCUUCUUGGAACCUACAUUUUUAACACAGAAGAACUUGAAAAUCCAAAGUUUCAAUAUGCAGUCAGUCAUGUUCACGAUUCAAGCUGUAACCGAAAAGUCGCCUUGGGUGACUUCGGCCAAUUUCCCGUGGUAUUUUUGAGCUCGUUUCCUGGUUCGGGCAACACGUGGGCCCGUCAGGUUCUCGAGGAUACGACUGGCUUCUACACUGGCUCAGUUUACUACGAAAUGGAAAUGACGCGCAAUGGACUCAAAGGCGAGAUGGAACACACCAGGAGUGGACGAACUAUUGCGGUGAAGAAUCACGGACAGAAAGAGUACGAAAGUGCAGAAGGCAUCAUCAUGGUCCUGCGAAAUCCCUACGACGCGACUCUUGCUGAUUAUAAACGCCAAAUGUCGGGCUCGCAUACUGGCAAUUUGGAAAAGAAAGAUUUCGAAAACGAGAUUUGGCGAAAAUUCAUCGACCAGCACAUGCAUCGCUGGUUCGGAAGCGCUGUUUGGUUUCCGAUGUUUGCUGAAAAGGCGAAAAUUCCGAUGCUGAUCAUUUACUACGAGGAUAUGAAGGAAAAUCUUGUGAAAGAAAUGCGGAAAGUCGUCGACUGGUACCGCGAGCAUUUCAAAAUUCCACUUGACGACGCGGAGCAUCGUCUCGAUUGCCUUCUGAAGCAGGAAGUGAAAUUCCACAGAAAGAAAACUGAUCUCGGCGAUAUUUGGCCGGCCGACAAGAUUCCUGGACUCGACAAGGGAAUCAGAGAGAUGCAGGCUUUUUACGAGCAUCACCAGCUGCCAGAAAUGCCAGAUUCGUAUCUAAAAGACCCGGAAAAGUCGAAAAAACUUCCGUCUGAGCAUUUACAGAUGACUGUAGUUACUUCCCACGCGAUCAAAAAGGUCGAUGAAACAGUCAAAAAGAGAGAACUCUUCAUGAAAAACGGCCAGCAAUAUGUUUUCACGACUGCCGAUCAAUUCCGAGUAAAAGCCGACUAG